AGUCUGCGUCGUUUCGCGAGUGAGUUAUGGCACCGGCAAUGUCAUCGCGGAUUGCGAUACGGGAGAUCGGGUUUACUUUGAUCCUAUUGCUUGUGUUAUCCGCGCAGGCGGACUAUGAAUUCCACAGACAUGACGAGAUAUCAGUGAAUUCGAACGACAACAUAAUCUUGACAAGCCGCGACUUUCUCGAGCAGAAGAAUUUCAUGGCGCCAAAAGAUAGUUACACAUUGCAAGAAACCACGGAGUACUUGCUGUAUUUCAGUGCACUCUUGCGAGCGCGAAUAAUCGACACUUUCGGCAGCCUCCUGUACGAUUAUUAUGAUGACUUCAGUGUUACGGAAGUGAAUGCGUUGUACAAGAUAUAUUGGAAGAUCCUCAAACGACGAUACAACGUCAACCUAAUCCUCAGUGUUCUGAGGAAUCCGGAUACGAGGCCGUCCAGGAUCUGUGCCGAGAUCUACAGACACGCCAGGGAACCCUAUCUGAGGAGUAGCGUCAGCAUCUGCCGCAGAAUCAGAAAGCAGCACGAUCUUCCGCAUCCCGAUGAUUACAACACAGCCGCGUUGAAUAUUACAUACCACGUGUAUCAUUCAUCCAAUAUAUUGCAGCAAUAUCCCAGAGGUUUCUCUCUGGCGACAUUACUGAGACUCCUGCAGCGAGAAGUGUUGGUAAUCACGCCCAAUCUACUCUCUGGACUUUUAUAUAAUGUGAGAUACGAUAACUACGACGACGAUGUUCGCCUCGCUGAGAGGGAACUUAUACGACACUUUCGUGAAAUCUCGGAGACCACCGUCGAAAUUUCAGUGUCGACGAUGGAGCUGAGAAAGUUCCAUACUAUGAAUUCUUUCCUUAAGUACUACGUUGGUAUAUACGCCAAAAAAUUUUCGGACAACGAUCUAAAAAAAUACGCGCUCUUGAUUGCGAGAAGAAUUACCGACGACGUUGGCAUGAUCGACGAGAAUAUCUUGCUUGGUAACGUUUACGAGAACCAGGCGAUUCAUGUUGAAUAUCUCUUCGAUCUCGUGCUGCCUGAUGAUUUAAUUGAGAAAGACAUCAUCGUGACUAAGAAAUAUCUAGUGAUAAAAUUAAACAAAUUUAACGUGGUGGAAAAGUAUCUCAAAAUGCAGAAGUAUCAGCAGGCUAUUCCCGCUCAGCUGAUGAUGAAGAUCACCGGACAGCUGAUAGACAUCGACUUUGCCAAAAAUAUCGCGAUGUCUCUGCGGAUGCACGCAAAAUUCUGGCACAAGAGUCGCAUGAUCGAAAACCUCGACGAACUCUUGGAAUUGUUCUUGGAUGCCUAUGAGAAUUUGCGACAAUUGCCGCGCUAUAUCCACAUAAUGAAGAAAAUCGAUGAAAUCAAGGAGAAUUUGCAGGAUAUAAAGGAUGUCCCCAUUGAGAUUCUCUGUAAUGUUCCGCGAGCUUGUCUGCGAAUAGGUCUAAAACUGAUUUUACAUUGUAAAUUGAUAAAUUCUCUAAUCAAAAAUUUUCUGGAGAUGAGCGACGAGUGCGACAUUCAGAUACUGGAUUUAAGAUGCUCAAUAGAAAUCCCGUUUAAAAUAGCAAAGAAACGUUUUAGCACAACAUUGCUAACAGGCGAAACUACGAUUCAACGCAGUACAAUCUUUCGUAAAUUCAAAACGACUACAGUGCCUGUUGAAUUUAUCCAUACUACAAAGGCUCCAAAAAAAUCCAAAGAUCAAUCUACGAAAAUUUCGACUACGACCGAACCCAUGGCGCCAACCUCAACUAUGGCUAUAACCACUACGACAGCUGCGACAACUACACCAUUAUCUACAAUUACGACGUUACCCACGACUACGAUUUUCCCUGUUACAGAAUUACUUACGACUACGUUGCCAACAACAUCUACAACUAUGACAAUGUUGCCAACAACUACAACCUUGCCUACAACUACCACAACAUUACCUACAAUUAUCACAGAAGUGCCUACGACUAUCACAACAUUGCCCACAACAAUCAGUACAACAUUGCCUAAAACUGUGCCCACAACGAUCAGUACAACAUUGCCUACAACAAUUCCCACAACGACGACCGCGACGAUAACCACGAUAUCACCUAUAAUGGAGAUACCGAUGGUGGAUACCAAUGUGAUAACAAAACUGAAUCGUUCGAAGAUCAUAACAGAAAUUUUCACACCACGCGUUGACUUCAGAAAGACUUUGAGAAUACCAACUGCAACACCUGCCCCCGCUUGUGAAGCAGCUGAAUGCAUUACUGAACAAAGUACAACUAGCAAAUAUGUCGAAACGAUGCCUACUCUGCUCUCGACGACGCAAUCUUCAACAACAACGCCGACGAUGCAGAUUUCCACUCUUGAAUCUACUGAGCCACCGUAUCAUCAAGACUUAAUCACGGACUCUACAGUUUCAACAACUGAAUUGAUUGAAACGCCGACGAUGAAAGGCUGCGCGCAGAUCUGCUUAGAAAAAUGCGAAUUCAACGUCGAAACAUCGGGGAGGUCCUGUGAAACAAGCUGCGACUUCGUGACGGAAGGUUGCAACGAGGAUAAUCCUCCAGAGACGAGCUCUCAGGAAUGUGACAAGAGUUGCAAGUGCGAUACCAAAGAGAAGAACGGCGAGUGCAAGACCUUGUGUUCUUCGGAGAGCUCAUCCUGUGAGAAUGGCGACUGCAUGACAGUGCCGCCGUUAAAUAUAAAACUUGAACGUCCGCGAAUACGCAACAUGUGCGAGAUCCCGAAUCUCCGUCGUCAGUUGAGACGAUUGGCGAAGAUGCGGGUGAUCAGCGCGAUGUCACACGUUGAUGUUUCUAGAUCGAGGACGCCGCAUCAUCGAAACCAAAUUCCGACCAAGAAGCGGUACAAAAUGGUAGACAUCGAAAUACCUUAUUCCAAAAGCAAGAAAGUAAUGGAAUACGUGCAGCAAAAAUCUCUUCAUGGCAGGUUGAGCGGGAACGACAAAGAACAAAGGCGUCGCAAGGAACGGGAGCAAAUCUAUAGGUUGAACAAGCAGCUGUCAAAAAAACUCAACGGGAAACUGGACCGUAAAACGAUGCAUACGAGAGGGAUAUAUCCAUUUCGCCAUAGUCAUAUUAAAAGGAUAUCCGAGAAAGAUAUCCAUAAAGAUAAUCGACGCGAAAAAGGCCGAGAUCAGAGUUUAUUGAUUUAAAAUUACGUCGUUUUAGCAAAUAAUGUUAUUAUAGCUGUUAUGUAAUUAUAUGGCCGUCACUUUAUGCUCCGUUUAGCGUACUUUCCGUCCAUUUAAUCGGGUCAGAGGCGAAAAAUAUCGUGGAACGUAACGGGAGAAGCUAAUUAUAUUGAAGAACGUUUAUCGAAUUCAGCUAAACGAUUACUUCGGAGAUUUAAUUUAGUAGCCUAUAUUUAAUCGGAUCAUCGCGAGACUCACAUGAAUUAUAAAUUAUUUCUUCGACUCACAUGAAUUAUAAAUUAUUUCUUGCUUUCUCAAAGGCCGUCGUUGACGUCGCAACAAUUUUAAUCAAUUAGAGUUACGUUAAGAAGAUCUCUUAUCAGCAUUUCCAGCAACGAAUUUAUAUUACA